AUGGAUAAGUUUAAGAUACCAGGGUUUGGCAGGAAUGUUGGCCAUACCAAUACUCCACCGGACAUGAGCAAUGUGGAUCAAAGACCACGCCAUUUACUUGUUGCCAACUGUCCUAAUAACACAUUAGCCUUAGCUAACGUCGCUAGUGUUUCUCCAAAUGAUUUUCCAGAUAAUAUAUAUGUUAUUAUUGAUAACCUGUUUGUCUAUACUACUAAACAUUCUAAUGAAGUUGCUCCAGGUACAGUUGGUUUGAAUGGUAACCAGCGUAGUUGGGGUGGCUGGUCUUUGAAUCAAGAAGUUCAAGCAAGGGCUUUCGAUUUAUUUAAAUAUUCGGGUAAGAGAGCCUAUUUAGGUACUUUGGACAUUGAGAUUUCUUUCAGAUCUAGAGGUAAAGCUGUCACCACGCCAUUUGACCAAGACGAAUUAGCGGCUCAAUUCGCAAAGAAUUUUGAGUCACAGAUCUUUUCUGCAACUCAAUACUUAGUUAUGGAGUUUAAAGGUCAUUUCUUUGAUUUGAGGAUUAGAAAUUUACAAGCUAUUGAUUUAGGUGAUAUUGAAAUGAGCAACGAAGUCCAAACAAGAAUUGAAGCCAAAGGUAUCCUAACAAAGCAAACUCAAAUCAAUUUCUUCAAGGGUAGAGAUGGUUUGGUUAAUUUAACUUCUACUAACUCUAUGAGACCAAGAUCUGAUGCUGUCAUUAGAUCAGACUUUAAAUUUGAAGAUUUGGGUGUCGGUGGUUUGGAUAAAGAGUUUACUAAGAUCUUUAGAAGAGCAUUCGCCAGUAGAAUUUUCCCUCCAGCUGUAAUUGAAAAGUUAGGUAUCACACAUGUGAAGGGUCUGUUAUUGUAUGGUCCCCCAGGUACAGGUAAAACACUGAUUGCCAGAAAAAUUGGUAAGAUGUUAAACGCCAAAGAACCAAAGAUUGUUAACGGUCCUGAAAUUUUAAGUAAAUAUGUUGGUUCUUCAGAAGAAAAUAUUCGUAAUCUUUUCAAAGACGCUGAAGCUGAAUAUAAGGCUAAAGGUGAUGACUCCUCAUUACAUAUUAUCAUCUUCGAUGAAUUGGAUUCUGUGUUUAAACAAAGAGGUUCAAGAGGUGAUGGUACUGGUGUCGGUGACAAUGUUGUUAACCAACUCUUAGCAAAGAUGGACGGUGUUGACCAAUUGAACAAUAUCUUGGUUAUCGGUAUGACCAAUCGUAAAGAUUUGAUUGAUAGUGCUUUGUUACGUCCAGGUAGAUUCGAAGUUCAAGUUGAAAUUCAUCUUCCAGAUGAACCAGGUAGAUUGCAAAUUUUUGAAAUUCAAACCAAGAAAAUGAGAGAAAAUAAAAUGAUGGAUAGUGAUGUUGAUCUUGCAGAAUUGGCUAAAUUGACAAAGAACUUUUCUGGUGCAGAAAUAGAAGGUUUGGUUAAGAGUGCAAGUUCUUUUGCUAUAAAUAAAACGGUUAAUAUUGGUAAAGGUGCUACAAAGUUAAAUCAAAAGGACAUUGCUAAAUUAAAAGUCACUAGAUCUGAUUUCAUGAAUGCUCUAAGGGAAGUUACACCAGCAUUCGGUAUUAAUGAAGAGGACUUGAAAAUGUGUAUGGAGGGUGGUAUUAUUAGAUACUCCGAUAGAGUAAACGCUAUAAUUAAGAAUGGUGAACGUUACGUUCGUCAAGUUCGUGAAAGUGAAAAAUCCAGAUUGGUCUCUUUACUACUUCAUGGACCACCAGGUUCGGGUAAGACAGCAUUAUCUGCAUCCAUUGCCUUAAAAUCAGAAUUCCCAUUUAUCAGAAUGAUUUCCCCUGGUGAACUUUCCGGUAUGUCAGAAAACGCAAAGAUUGCAUACAUUGAUAGUACCUUUAGAGACGCAUAUAAAUCACCAUUAAACAUUCUAGUGAUUGAUUCUAUUGAAACAUUAGUUGAUUGGGUUCCAAUAGGUCCAAGAUUUUCCAACAAUAUUCUACAAGUUCUGAAGGUUGCCUUGAUGACAAAACCCCCUGAGGGACGUCGUCUCUUAAUUAUGACGACUACAUCUACGUAUAGUGUGCUGAAACAGAUGGACAUAUUGAGUUGUUUUGACAACGAAAUCGCCAUUCCAAACUUGACAAGCUUGGAUGAAUUCAACAAUGUCUUGAUGGAUACAAAAUUCCUACAGGAUGAAGAUAGAGUUAAAGUCGUUAAUGAAUUAAGCAGAGUGACUCCAAACUUCAAUAUUGGGAUCAAAAAGACCUUGACCAAUAUUGAAACAGCUAGACAUGAUGAUGACCCAGUUAAUGAGAUUAUAGAGUUGAUGACACAGGCCUGA